AUGACUAUUUCGCUUGACAAAUUGGCUACAUCUGAAUUUGCAAUCACUUUUAAUCAAACUGUCGCGAUGGAAAAUGCAGCAUUUGAUUCUUUUAUUGUUGACUAUUAUGGGGACCAAGUACCAUACAUAUUCUCACCGGCAUUAUGUCGACGGACCGGAGACAAAAUGACGUCGGACAUGUGCAACUCAUACGAGUUCUGCUACACUCAUCGUCACUUUGCCUUCUGCUGCAACAACAGAGCCUUUGCAGGACAAGGACCCGUCGGCGGCAAAUUCACCAUGACAGGAAUUGGCGGACCAAAGAAACACAUAGCAGAAUCCGUAGUCACUGUCCCACCACCGAAACCGCCAACGGACUGCAAUACACAAGGAGACCGCCGCUCCUCUCGCAGGUCAGACUGCGACUCUCCUGGAUUUCCUGUCGAAUCUGUUAAUGCUACCUAUCCAACUCUGCAGCAGUGUAUGGACGCUCGAUUUGCAAGACGUUAUGUGGAUCCUUACAUCACUCAGACGUCUGCAAUCGUGAUGAAUACUGCAGCUACAACAACAGAUCCGCCUUCGCAUUCUGUUGCCGGCGAUCUGAGAAGAGCUCUGUGCAAACAUUUGUCAUUUAUGGCAACCAAUUCAACAAGGUUCGACGCCAGCGUCACAAAAAGCAAGCGAUAUUCGUUCUACAAUAACAUUCAUUUCGUGAACGAUUCGGUGAUGUUGCAAAAUCUAGUUAGGAGUUUCGCGAACUUAUGUAUUUAUUGCGUGUGUAAUAUCUAUGAACGAUAUGUUGAUCGAGGUGAAUCAACGAAUAAUAGUUUUGUUGUGAAAUCACAGCGCGAAGUGCACAAUCGCGAAAUAAAUUUUAGAUUCUCUUUUCAUUAA